AUGAUCCUCGUUCAUCGGUACCGCACCCUCAUCGGCUACCACAGACGGAAGGACUGGGAACUUAAGAUUGCCUCUCGCCUGUCUUCCACCUUUAUCCACCGCAUGGAUGGGAUCCUGAGCCGUAAGAUGGCUAACGUUCUUUGGGGCUCCAAGCAAUCCUACAAGCUGGGUCCGGCUGCAAUUCGAGAGGUCAAGGCAAUUAUCCACAGCCUACGAACUGAGGAAUGGAAGAUUUUUAUUCCCCAGAUGAUCCCUCGCGACCACCAUUUCGAGUCCUUUGGCGAUGCUAGUUUUAUUGGGGGCGGCGCUUAUUCUACGUCCCUGGACUACUGGUUUCGUGUUGUUUGGAGUAAACAAAUUGUGGCGGGUACUAAGUUAAAGCCCUCCGACGCAUCAUACAUCCACAUCAAUGUGUUGGAGUGCCUCGUUUCCUUCCUGCAGGCAGUGGCCCUUGUCGUGACCAUGGAGUCUUCCGCGCUCUCUGAUCCCAUACAUGAUUUGUUCCCACAUGGUAUUCCGGCGUUCCCGGUCCUUCGUUGUCGUACGGACAACACUGCGACGGUGUCUUGGAUCAAUGACACACGGACCACCAACAUCACAGAAGUAUCCUUGGAUGAACGCCUUGCGCAAUUUCCAGCCCAGUGCCGAACUCAUCUCCGUUCUCAGAUCCGCGCUGUUAUGCAGCUCGAGUCCGGUCCCACCAAAUCUACCAGAGUCCUUGGGACAAUUCGUUCCCACCGCAUCCAUUUCCUCCGCUUUCUGCGUCGUAGAAAUUGGCCGCCGAUGGAUCUACUUUUGGAGUCCGUCUCACAUGACGCCCGUACACACCUUCUUGCUGCUUUUGCAGUCGACUUGGCGGUGGGCAAUACCGUCAAGGGUAAGCCCAUCAAAGCAGCGACCAUUGGCAACUACCUUCGAGAUACAGCUACCCUUCUUGAAAACUUCUGUGGUCGAGAUCCCCGCUACACUAAUCGCUCUGACAAUGAGUUGGCGCUUCCCCUCCGCGCUGUUCUGAACGAAUGCAAGCGUCAUAAGAAUAUGCCUCAUCGAGUCGACCCCUAUACAAUUGAGAUGCAUACCACCUUGGUGGCUCUGAAUAGCGCUACAACCGCACAUUUGGAUGGUUUACACCGUGCUAUGGAAGAUUGGUUUAACCUGAGUACCUAUUUAGGUUUUCGCCUUCGCGAAUGGGCCCAGGAGGAUGAUUACCGUCGCCUGGCUUCCGGUGGCAAGAUUGCCCCAAACGGUACGAAACGCGCUUUCACUCUCGAUGACAUUCGUUUGUUCGACUCGGGAAACCGUCCUGUUUCGAUUGCUGAGUUUAUCGAGAAUUUUGAUGCCGUGGCCCGCUCCAAUGUCAAGUUCUCUUGGCAAAAGAACCAUGAUCACGGUGAGGAAAAACUGCUUUCCAGCAAUCCUCGUAACCCUACCCGUGACGCUCUGCGGAGUCUCCAUAACAUUGUCAGCCAAUUUGCACGGAUUGUCGGUCUGGAUAAGAUCGAUAUCCCACUUGCAGUGUACAAAGGAUCCUUUGGUGAAAAGUUUUUCAUCCACAGCAAAGUCAUUGCUUCCACCCUUCGGACCUUGGCCAAGAAGACUUACAACCUGACUGAUCGCGAUCUUCAGCAACAUUACAAAUAUACGUCCCACUCUCUUUGA